AUGGGGACGAAGGACGUGAGAGUGGAUGUCAAGUUGAACAAGCAGAUUUGGAGCAGAGGUAUCAGAGGUCCUCCUAGAAGGAUCAGAGUCCGAGUCGCUCGCAAGAGAAACGAUGACGAAGAUGCAAAGGAAGAGUUCUUCUCCCUUGUCACUGUUGCUGAAAUCCCUGCUGAAGGACUUAGUGGCCUUGGCACUAAAGUCAUCGAGGAAGAGGAUUGA